AGCGAGAUGGGGAAGAUGGCGGCGGCAGUGGGCUCCGUGGCGACACUGGCGGUGGAGCCUGGGGAGGACGCGUUUCGGAAGCUUUUCCGCUUUUACCGGCAGAGCCGCCCCGGAACCGCAGACCUGGAAGGGGUCAUCGACUUCUCGGUGUCCCACGCAGCCCGCGGUACGGGACCUGGUGCCCCCAAGGUGGUCAAAUCCCAGCUAAAUUUGUGCUCAGUCAGUGACCACGAUGCACUCAGAGCAGGACUUCAGCCGGUCAGCAAGUGGCAAGCCCACGGACUCCAAGGCUAUCCUGGAUUUAUUUUUAUCUCAAACCCCUUCCUCCCAGGUUACCAGUGGCACUGGGUAAAGCAGUGCCUUAAGUUAUAUUCCCGGAAACCUAAUGUAUGUAACCUGGACAAGCAUAUGACUAAAGAAGAGACCCAGGAUUUGUGGGAGCAGAGCAAGGAGUUUCUAAGGUGUAAAGAAGUGAAUAAACGGAGACCCCGAAGUUUGCUAGAGAAACUACGCUGGGUGACCCUUGGCUACCAUUAUAACUGGGACAAUAAGAGAUACUCAGCAGAUCAUUAUACACCUUUCCCUUCUGACCUGGCUUUCCUCUCAGAGCAAGUAGCUGCUGCCUGUGGAUUUCAGGGUUUCCAAGCUGAAGCAGGUAUCCUGAAUUACUACCGAUUAGACUCCACACUGGGGAUCCAUGUAGACAGAUCUGAACUAGAUCACUCCAGACCCCUGCUGUCAUUCAGCUUUGGACAGUCUGCCAUCUUUCUCCUGGGUGGCCUCAAAAGAGACGAAGCCCCCACCCCCAUGUUUAUGCACAGUGGUGACAUCAUGGUAAUGUCAGGUUUCAGCCGCCUAUUGAACCAUGCAGUCCCAAGGGUCCUUCCCAGUCCAGAAGGGGAAAGCCUGCCUGGCUGCCUCAGGACGCCUCCCCCAGCUGACCUCCCCAGAGACUCGGUGGUGGAGCCCUGUUCUGGGGAGGACUGGCAGGUGUGCGCCAGCUACUUGAAAACUGCUCGUGUUAACAUGACUGUCCGGCAGGUGCUGGCCAUGGGUCAGGACUUCCCUUUGGAGCCCAUGGAGGAGAAUAAAAGAAACAUCACCACAGAAGGUUCCUGCCAUCUGGAUGAUGACAGUAGCCAAGUCAAACGAGCGAGGCUAAACCCUGACUGCUGAGACUCAGAGAACCCAUUCUUGUGCCCCGGCAGGUUCUACAGAAAAUGGCUGUGCUGUUUUUAUUGCUAUCGACGUUAGCACCAAGACAGGCCAGAAACAGAGGCAGGGAAAAACUCAUCAGUGAUCACACUGUUGCCUUAGAACUCAUCCUGAAGAGGAAACUGAUUAGCCACUUUGUUCAGAGAAGUGUUUGACAUUGUCCAGUCCUGGUUAGGUUUUGGCAGUAAUGUACGGAGAAAUCCAAGAAGGUAUGACCUUCCACAAGCGCCUUCUCAGUCUCGCCAUCACCUUUGAGCAAGAUAGAAGUGCAUUUCCUUGUCUCUGGAAUCUUUAAAUACCUCAAGUUUUGUUGAUGGGAAACAUUAUUCUCCUUCCACCACCCUGUCUAGGGAUUUGUGGUAAAAUUGUGGCUCCAUGAACCGACCAUUAGUCUUACCUUAAUUCUUCCAAUUAAUGUUGAAUUCUUUGGACUCCUCUGGUCUUCACAGAAGAAUCCUGUACACAUAACUGGAAAUCACAUCUCCUAGGAAAGAGAUUAAUCCCAGCUAUGUCUCUUGCCUAAAAGGUAAACACACAUAAACCCAAGAAAAGAGGAACAGUAGUUUCUCCCGAUGUCUUUUGGGUCUGUAAACACUUCCGUUGGCUUUUAAAUGCAAUUUUAAUUGUUGGACUAAAAAAAUCCUAAGGGUAUUCUGUAACUGUUUUCUCUAUGAAUAAACUUACUCAAUUUUAAAUUAAAGAUCUGUAUCUGCGUUUGAGGGUGAAUGUAUCUGGGAUUAGUUUUUUCCUGUUUUCAGUUGCUGUAUUGUUCACGCUAUUGAAGCCCUGUAGCUGUUUCUGCCCUUAGUGUUCUUUGUAGCUGUCUCACAGGAGAGAAUGUUCCUUGACAUUCUAGUCACUUCUGUUGUUGUUGUUGGAUUAUAGACAGCAUGGAAAACGCAUGAAGCACUGAGUUUUAAUCUGUGUACCCCCACCACUCAGUAUAUCCUGAGCCUUUAAGUUACCUUAUGUUUCUCUGGACCUCAGUUUCCUCAUUCAUAAAAUGAAGAUAAUGUUUCUUACCGUCUUCCUAGAUGGAUGUUGCUGUGUCAAACAGUAAUGGAAAUUUAGUGCCCCUUUCUAGGAACAUAAUAUUGCCAGUAUUUUAUUACUGUAUAGACUUAGAAACACCCCAGCUUAUCUGUGUGGAUGACUGACCAGAAGCUGCUUUGUUACCUGCUGCUUGUGACAUGACUUGCCAAACUUUGAUUUCUCCUCUGUCCUGCCCUUUUU